UCAGGUGGGGCUCCAGGGGGACUGCCAAGAGAAUACAAACUGGUGGUGCUGGGUGACGGUGGUGUGGGAAAAAGUGCCAUUAUAAUGCAGUUCAUCAGUCAUAGAUUCCCCGAGGACCAUGAUCCAACUAUUGAGGAUGCGUACAAGACCCAAAUUCGAAUUGACAAUGAAGCAGCAAACCUUGACAUAUUGGAUACAGCAGGGCAGGUGGAGUUUACGGCCAUGAGGGAUCAGUAUAUGCGAGCAGGUGAGGGUUUCAUUAUCUCCUACUCUAUUACUGACCGCCGCAGCUUCCAGGAGGCAAGACAGCUGAAACAGCUCAUCUACCGUGUGCGUCACACUGUGGACACACCACUGGUGCUAGUGGGCAACAAAUCUGACCUUGCGCAACUACGACAGGUAUCGAUAGAGGAGGGGAAAAGGUUAGCUGAGGAGUUCCAGUGUCCAUUUUUUGAGACCUCAGCCGCUUUGCGGUACUACAUCGAUGAAGUGUUCGCCACGCUUGUACGUCAGAUACGACAGAGGGAGGCUGAGGCGUGCAGGGUCAACAAAAAGAAGAGCCAACGACCUCACGCACUCUGGACACGUCUACGACUGCCCUUCCAUAGGAAGCAGCACUCUCUGCAGUGA